AUGGCUAUAGUCCUCGCCAACGGGGAUGGAAGGCCUCCCGACUGGCAGGACUUCGUUGGCAUCGUUGCAUUGAGUUCAUCAACUCCACCAUCAGUUUCAUCGAAGAAGACAAUGCUGGUGUUGAGAGACGGUCGAUGGAGUGAGCAGGAUGCAGCAAUCCUUGUCCCUGGCGAUAUAAUAAGCAUAAAGCUAGGAGAUAUUAUCCCUGCUGAUGCUCGUCUCUUGGAGGGUGAUCCUUUGAAAGUCGACCAAUCUUCAUUGAAAGGGGAGUCCCUACCCGUGACCAAGAGCCCCUCGGAUGAGGUAUUCUACGGGUCAACGUGCAAGCAGGGGGAGAUCGAGGUUGUUGUUAUUGCAACAGGUGUCCACACCUUCUUUGGCAAGGCUGCUCAUCUGGUAGACAGCACCAACCAAGUUGGACACUUCCAGAAGGUUCUGACCGCCAUCGGGAACUUCUGCAUCUGCUCCAUCUUCGUUGGGAUAAUCAUCGAGGUCAUUGUCAUGUACCCGAUCCAGCACCGCAAGUACAGGGACGGGAUUGACAACCUGCUGGUCCUCCUGAUUGGAGGGAUCCCCAUCGCCAUGCCAACGGUGUUGUCUGUCACUAUGGCUAUCGGGUCCCACCGCCUCUCUCAACAAGGUGCCAUAACAAAACUACUGACCGCCAUAGAGGAAAUGGCGGGGAUGGAUGUUUUAUGCAGUGACAAGACAAGAACACUCACUUUGAACAAGCUGACUGCUGACAAGAGCCUCGUCGAAGUUUUCGUGAAGGGGCUAGAAUACGACUUAUUACUUUUUGUUUGUACUGCAUUCACCACCAAGUCCAACUACGGGAAAGAAGAGAGAGAGGCUCAAUGGGCAGCUGCACAGAGGACUUUGCACGACCUUCAGCCACCAGAAACUGGCAAUCUCUUCAACGAGAAGAACAGCUACAGGGAGCUCUCUGAGAUUGCUGAUAAUGCUGAGAAAGCUGCAUACGCUCAAGGGGCACGUCGAAUCAGUGGUGAAGCUGAAGGGACUGGACAUCGGUACGAUCCAGCAGCAUUACACUGUCUGAUCCAAUCAAUAUGCGAUGAAGAGAGAUGA